AUGCAGCUGAAACGCUUCGUGAAAAGUCAAUAUUUCCAUUUCUUUCCAGGCACAAGUUUGGAUGAUGCCAAGAAGUUCAGAGAGGAAGCAGAUUCAUGGCUGCCAGUGGUCUUGCUGCGGGCCUUGUUCUCGGUGGCCUUUGUGAUUUAUAUGCUGAACUUCAGCGAGUUGCGCAGCGAAGUGCCCAAAUACAUCGCUCACUGCAAGUCCAUCGGUGAAGGUGUGGCCAGCCCCACGGUGAUGUACGCUGUCAGACAACGGGAUGGUAGUAAUUACAUCGUGGAUGACUACUACAAAGGCUACAAAUGGCUUGAGCAGAACACACCGGAGGAUGCAAGGGUCAUGGCCUGGUGGGACUAUGGUUACCAGAUCACCGGUAUUGCAAACAGGACAUCCAUUGCAGAUGGCAAUACUUGGAACCACGAGCACAUUGCAACCCUCGGACGAACUUUGACUAGCGAUGUGAAAAGGGCUCACAAUGCCAUUAAACACCUGGCAGACUAUGUUCUGGUUUGGGGCGGCGGCCAGCGAGAUGAUCUGGGCAAAUCUCCUCAUUUGGCAAGGAUUGGAAAUUCGGUCUUCCCUGAUCACUGCGGAGACGAUGAUCCCAAAUGCAUGAAGUUUGGUUUCUAUGCCAACAAAGUGCCCACCCCGAUGAUGGAGAAGUCGUUGUUGUACAAACUGGUGGAGCACAACAACAAGGAGGGCGUUCGGGUCAACGAGAAGCUGUUCAAGCACGUGCACACGACCAAACAUGGCCUCCUGCGUAUCUACGAGGUGCAGAAUGUCUCGCAGGAGAGCAAGCAGUGGAUCGCAGAUCCCAAGAAUCGCAUUUGCGACGCGCCGGGCAGCUGGUACUGUGUUGGUCAGUACCCUCCCGCCUUACAUAAGCUGAUCUCGAAGCGAAGGAACUUCGCGCAGAUUGAGGACUUCAACAAGAAGGGGGAGAAAAGCGCUUAUACUCGGCUAAUUGAGAAGGAGAAAGGGGAUUGGGAACAACUGGGAGAGCUGGGGUUCACCAGUCCUGAGAGAGAAUCUUUGAUCAAGGAAGGAGCUCGCUGCGGCGACUUUUUGCUCUUCCAUCACAGUGGUGAGUCUUUUGCAUCGACAUACUCUGUCGUGCACAAGAUUGGUGAAGGUGGUUUUGGAAAAGUCUUCGCUGCGACCCACCGAAUCACCGGCAUCAUGCGCGCCGUGAAGCGGCUACGCAAGGUGCCGGGCAGACAAGAGCUCCACAAGAACGAGCUGAACGCUCUGUUGGGAUUGGAUCAUCCGCAUAUUGUGAAGCUUUUAGAGUAUUAUGACGAAGAGGACUAUCUCUACUUGGUGUUUGAACUUUGUGAGGGUCUGGAUUUGUUGGAGACCAUCCGAAGGUCCCAGACCGGAAGGUUGAACCCACUGGAAGCCUCAGUGGUGUUGCGGCACAUGCUCAAGGCAUUGCAGUGCUGUCACGCCCAGUACAGAGGGCAUUAUGAUAUUAAGCCCGAAAACUUCAUGUUCAAACGAGAGACCAAUGGUGACCUCGCUCAUGCGAACUUAAAGAUGGUGGAUUUGGGCCUGAGCAGUUGCUUCGACAUGCACCGAGAGAACCGGAUCUCCGGAACAACUGCUUACAUGGCCCCAGAGUUUUGGAGUGGAAUUUACGGCCCAGAAGGUGAUGUGUGGAGCUGUGGGGUGGUGCUCUUUGUGAUGCUCACAGGAACACCUUUGUUGGAUGACAUUUCCCCCGCCACGGUGAAACGUGAGAUUUUAGUGAGACAUCUCUUGCGAGACCGCGUCGAAGCUGCGGCUGCUGAGUACGCUCUGUCGCCAAGCGCGUUGGAUUUGUUGAUGCAGAUGCUGCAGCACGAUCGCCACGCGCGGCCCACCAUCAAGGAAGCCUUGAAGCACAAGUUCAACAAUGACGGCUAUGACCUGGAAAAAGCGCUGCCCGCAGUGGAACGACUGCAGGCUGUGGGGAUCCUCCAGAUGCUGCCCAAACUUGUCCGCGGUGUCAUGGCCGAACCCAUGCUGAAGCGCGUGGCACGGUUGAUCAUGGUCCACGUCAGCGAGGUUUCGGAAGCCACCUGCCUAGCCUUCAGGAUGCUAGAUCUCCACGGCUAUGGCGAGCUGUCGAUCUCUUCGUUGGAAGACAACGUGGAGAUUUGCGGAAAUGGCGCUCCCAGUGAUUUAGACUCCUUGUUCGAAGCCAUGGAUCUCAAUCGCGAUGGUUACAUCAGUUACCGGGCUUUCCUGGCGGUCACCCUGCCCGAAGAGACGCGCUGCAAUGCACGCAUCUUGGAGGUGACCUUUAACAUUUUGGACGCCGAUAAGGACGGGGUCAUCGGUCAGACCGAUUUGGCAAAGGUCUUUGGCCAUGUGCCAGACAGCGAGGUGUGUAACUUGACCAUUCGCGAGGUCACUAAGGAGAAGGCGAUAUCCUGGGACACCUUUUUAUCCUUGGUUGCCCCAGAGCUUGUGGUGGCGAAGGCCUUACUCCACCACUGCUUACACUUGAAGGACUGA